AUGGCUGCCGUGGCCAAAAAUGCCCCGGCCAAGGUGGGCCUACCUCGCCGGCGCAGCGUCAGCCAGAUCUGCCCACCGCCCCGGCGCCCUCUGACCCUGGCGGAGCUGCACCCCGGUUGUGAGAACGAGCGGCUCGGGGUGGCCAGGGAAAGCAUGCUGCAGAACCACCUCAUCGCCAAGCCAGAACUGGGGAGACCCCGCAGAAGUAACUACACUCUUCCGGGUUAUGAUUUUAACUAUGGAUUGUAUUUACACGGAAUGGAUGGAGGGGUCCCUGAAGCCAUUUGCCACUGGCACGUCAUGAAGCCCAGAAUUAUUUUGGAGAAGGAGAAACCCCGCGAUUACUUGGCCACCAACCUUCACGCGGUCAAGGACGGCUACGUCACGGUCCACGAGCAGAACCUGUACCGCAAGAUGAAGGACUUCCAUGUCAACGUGGAGGACGAACGCCGCUUCAAGAGGACCCCUCCCAAAGUCCCUCCAGACAUGACCUAUGGAAGGCCAGCAAGACCUUCAACGCCUUUCUUUGAUCUUCUGCAGCACAAAUAUAGAGAGAUUUGGAUGGACGAGCAGAGGGCGGUCAUCAAAGCUGAAAAAGCUGAGAAGAAACAAAAGAAACGUCGGGGGAAAUUCUACGAGACCCGGACCUGUCUGCUGAGGAAGUACCAGCCGCCAAUGAAAAAGGAGGAACUUUGGCGUAUCCCCCAUUUCCAAAAG